CCCCUCGUGGAGGAUGUUCAAACCCUAAAACCCUGGGUGAUAAAACCCUAAGCUCUUAUGACAGACAAUGAAGGUGUAGAAACUCGAAGUCCUGUGGAGAAGUCAGUCCUUUUCUCGAGUUCACAUCAGCUCUCGGAGUAGACCGAAAUCUUUACGUGUGGACGAGCGCUCUAAACUGUCACCAUGAGUGGGUUCAGAGGUGGAGGCCGCGGAGGCGGCCGUGGAGGACGAGGCGGAGAUGGAGGAGGUAGGGGCGGAAGAGGUGGAGGCCGAAGCUUUGGUGGUGGAAGAGGUGGAGGUCGUGGACCUCCUGGAGGAAGGGGAGGUGGUAGAGGAGGCGGUCGAGGGGGUGGCCGCGGUGGAAGAGGAGGAGGAAUGAAGGGAGGAGCGAAGGUAGUAAUUGAACCUCAUAGACACGAAGGUGUUUUCGUUGCCAAGGCGAAGGAAGACGCUUUGGUCACCAAGAACAUGGUACCCGGAGAGAGCGUGUACGGAGAGAAGAGGAUUAGUGUCGAGGUUGAGGGAGGAGAGCCUGGAGCGAAGGUGGAGUACAGAGUGUGGAACCCCUUCAGGUCGAAGCUUGCGGCUGCAAUCCUGGGAGGAGUAGACAACAUUUGGAUUAAACCAGGUUCCCAUGUCCUGUAUCUGGGAGCUGCGUCUGGUACUACCGUCUCUCAUGUGUCCGACCUCGUCGGUCCUACUGGUAUUGUUUAUGCUGUGGAAUUUUCUCACCGAAGUGGACGUGACUUGGUUAACAUGGCCAAGAAGCGGACAAAUGUUAUUCCCAUUAUCGAGGAUGCCAGACAUCCCAACAGAUAUCGUAUGUUGAUGGGAAUGGUCGACGUAAUUUUCGCAGAUGUUGCCCAACCUGAUCAGGCACGUAUUGUAGCUUUGAAUGCCCACAACUUCUUGAAGAACGGUGGUCACUUUGUCAUCUCAAUCAAGGCCAACUGUAUCGAUUCUACCGUCCCUGCGGAAGCCGUUUUUGCGGCGGAGGUGAAGAAACUGCAAAAGGAACAAUUUAAACCAUCUGAGCAGGUGACACUGGAGCCCUUCGAGCGUGACCACGCCUGUGUUGUCGGUGCGUACCGAGUUGCGAAGAAGCAAAAGACUGCUGCGUGAGGACUAGAUUAGUGUAGGCAUGUAAUGUAAGACUGGAGAGUUGUAAGCUCUUUAUGGGCAAGAGUUUUGUCUGAGGAGAAGUCACCCUGAAUCCGAAACUGUUCUGAUUGUGAUUACAAUCUGGAAUAUACAUUGCGCAAGCAUCCUUUCGAGAUAUGAAGCCAUCUAUGUACAUAAUUUUGAGAUACUUGUAAGGAAAUUACCAGUGCCAACUACGUUUCAAAAG